AUGGCUUCCAUAAUCUACACGGUUCCUUCUCAGCACCUUGCUCUGCUUGACAUAAGCGAUGCUACCCUGAAAGGCCCCUCAAAAUACGACUGCCUUGAGACAGUCCUUCCCCUGACUCCACCACCCGAAGAAGAAGAUGUGCAUAAGAUCGUCACCCCAGACAUCAUCACGCCGAUCGCCCAAGAUUCAAACCCCCUGAUUGCCGUGAUCGGCGCCCGUGGAUGCUUUGCGGGCAUGUCGCCCGAACGUGUUGAUCCAGGCCGCACGGAACCCCCCGCAUACCUCAUCCCAAAGGUCAUCUCGGGCCUGGACGAUAUCUGCCCCGGAUCGCUUGCAGCGAUCACCCGCAUCUACGCGCCAGUCUUCAACACCCUGGUCCCAGUCUCCCGUCCGGAGGUCGCCGAGUUGACCAAGCUCUACGAGAACUGCCAGCGCAUGAUCAACAUUGCUUACGUCAACGAGAUGGCAGACGCAUGCGUCGGUCUCGACAUCGACCCCUACGAGGUCUGCAACGCUGCGAGCACCAAGCCCUUUGGCUACAUGGACUACAGACCAGGCCUGGGCGUUGGCGGCCAUUGCAUCCCUGUCAACCCCUGGUACCUCCUUUCCGGGUGCGAGAUGCCCCUGCUGAGGAACGCCGCCCAGAGGAUGAACAAGAGGCCUCGGGCGAUUGCAAAGACAUACACCGAGAACAUUGGCAAGUUCGCGGGAAAGAACAGCGGCAAACCCCGCGUCCUCGUAGUGGGCAUGGGAUUCAAACCCGGCCAGAGCGUUCUGAGCUACAGUCCUGGUCUAGAACUCGCAAGGGGGCUAGUCGAGGACAGUGAUGAGCUCGAUGUUAUGUUUGCUGACCCACUCGUCUCACAGAGUGCGCUUCCUCAGAUUCAGAAGCUUGAUGAUAGAUCAUGGAACGUUGAGGCUUUGAACGAGUUUGAUCUUGUCAUUGUUGUCAUGAGGCAGCACGGGAUCGACUUUGACAUAUUGAGUCAAGCGAAAGAUGUCCGCGUUAAAUGGUGGUGCUCUUGA